AUGGCCCAGGAAAAUAGAGCAGCAUUAACCGAGGUUACAGAGGAGCAGCAGGAGGCUGCUAUUUACAGGGUCCCUGGGUUGGAGCCCAGAGUAGUGGGCGGGCCUGGGUCCCCCCCACUCGCCACUGGUGAAGUGGCAGGACUGUUGGUGACAGAGAUCCUCCCCCCGGAACAGGGAAAAACAGAUGACAAUCUAGUUGGAGGGCUGAAUCGAGAAGAGGACACUGCGGUUCUGGGAGCUGAGAGAGGAGCCGUAGGUGGGCGCAGAGAGAGUGCCAGUGUGAAGACCGUGGAUCAAACUGUCCUCCGAGUAACUGUCAUGUCCCCUGCUGUUGCUGUGCUUCCUGAAAAUCUGCAAAUACAGGAGACUUGUAUGUCCUAUAUUUGCAAUGUGUGCAAGAAUAGUGCAGAGCCCUGUGGACUCCAUGCUUCUGAAAGAGAUGGCAGAGACAGAAAAGUGAUAUACAGAUGGAGUCAAAAAGCUAUCCCCAAGGUCAUCCAGGCCUACAUUCCCACAAGUGCAAGUGAGGACGAAGAAGUGGAAGAAUUCUACCAAGGGCUUGAAAGAGCCCUCGCGCAAAAGUCCACUUACACUGUCACGAUGGGAGAUUUCAACUCUAAGGUCGGGCGAGGGAAAGCUGGCGAAAAGUUCAUAGGGAGAUACGGCAGUGGCGAAAGAAAUGAAAGAGGAGAAAGGCUGGUAACGAUGGCAGAAACGAAAGAACUGUACGUGGCAAACACCUGGUACAAAAAGAAGAUUGCAAAAAGAUGGAUGUGGAUCACGCCAAAUGCGAAGAGUAAGAAUGAAAUUUACUAUAUUUUAGUCAAUAAAAGGCACAUGGUUCAAGACGUCUCUGUGGUGCAGCCCUUCAACACCGGCAGUGACCAUCACCUGCUUAGAGCGAAGUUGAUUUUUGACGAAGUAGUGGAAAAGAAAGCUUUACAGAUGGCAAACAGGAAACAGCGCCCAAAGAUAUUCGAUGAAGCAAAGCUGAAGAAAGCGAUUUCUGGGUUUGACUGGAGCCAGAUGGAAAAGUGUGAUGAGGACUAUAGUAUCUUUGAUGACAAGCUGAGACGUUGCAUAAAAGCAGAUGAAAUUGAAAAGAUGAAGAAGGAUGACUUUGAGAACUUCCGGAAAGAAAAGCUCCUUAAACCAGCUGAAUCACGCAAGAGCCUCAGGACAUACAAGCGGGAAUUGGCGCAGUAUAGAUUGAGUGUAACAGCAUUGAAGAACAAGGAUGGAGAGACAAGUCAGAAGAAUGUGUCCCCCGCAAUAAUCAUCAGCGAAGUCCAAAGCGCACUACACCAGAUGAAGAAGGGAAAAGCUCCAGGCAAAGAUGGAACAACAUCAGAAAGGAUUUCCGCAGGAGGCGAAAAACUUUGGAAGGCCCUCGCUUUAAGAUUCAGUCGAUAUCUCGAAGAAGAAAAAAUACCAUCAAGCUGGAAGGAGUCGAACACCAUCUUGCUGUACGGGGGUGGGGGGAGGAGAAAGAAAAAAGAAACCAAGAAAAAUCUUAAGAAUUAUCGCCCUAUAUGCCUGCUCUCUCAUAUCUAUAAACUCUUUACAAAGGUGAUAACGAACUGACUCUUGCAGAGUCUGGAUGAACAACAGCCGAGAGAGCAGGCAGGAUUUCGAAGAAAUUUCAGCACGAUUGGCCAUAUAUUUACCCUUAGCCAGCUUCUAGAAAGAGUGAGGGAAUACAAACUCCCACUGUGCGUUGCUUUCGUCAACUAUGAAAAGGCCUUCAAUAGCAUCGAGUUCAACGCAAUAUUAAAGAUGCUCGCAGAGCAGGGCAUUAAUACGCAGUACAUCAGUUUGUUGAAGGAAGCGAAUAGUGGAUGUACAACAGACAUUACUCUCCUUGAAACUCCCCUCCGCAUCCCAAUCGAGAAAGUUGUAAAGCAAGGAGAUACGAUUUCACCAAAACUAUUUACUGCCUGCCUUGAAAUGGUUAUGAACAAGAUCAAUUGGAGGAGUGGUGUUAAUAUAAAUGGAGAACGAUUAUCUCAUCUCAGAUUCGCGGACGACUUCGUACUAAUUGCCGAAAGCACCAACCAACCGCAGAGCAUGCUACAAAGACUCGACAAGAAAAGCAGUCAGGUAGGUCUGAAAAUGAACCAUUGCAAAACGAAAUACAUGCGAUCAGACGUCUUAAGAAAAGCCUGA